AUAGUAGACAUUACUGUUUCCAUGAAUAUUAAUGGAGUGAGUAAACGAUUUAAGUAUUUGUAUAUAUCAAAAUAUAUAAAAUUAUUUAGAAAUAUUUUCAGUUUAAAGACAAAUAAAAUUAAGAAGUAAUAAAAAGUAUGUCAACUUUGAAAAACUUCAAUGCAUUACUAGUUUUAUAGUGAAGUAAGAUGCAAAUAUGUGUGAUUAAAAAUUUCAUAUUUGCUAAGAAGUCCAACACUUAUACUGUCAAUGAUUCUAUCGCUUUCUCGCAAUAAUUUUGAAAAAUUGUAGUACAAAUAAUAUCAUGGCGGAUAACGUAUUAGAAGAAUGCAGUAGUGAUCAGCUGGAAAAAGUACUUCAAUUUCAGGACUUAACGAAUAUCGAAGAUCUUUCUGUUUGUCGUGAUGUUUUACAAAGGCAUAAUUGGAACUUGGAAGUUGCCGUUCAGGAGCAACUUAAUUUAUAUGAAGGAAGGCCUUCGAUGUAUGCACAAGAUUUACGGUCAAGACCACCAGCGGUUUUCGAUGAUACUAGCUCGAGAAUUUAUUUUAAUCCAUCUGGCAGCUCUGGUAGUAGCGGUGGCUUCUUAUCCCUUUUAUUUUCCAUGUGUUAUAAUUUAGUAACAAGCAUUUUACAUUUAGUAUUUGCUAUUUUUCAAACCAAUGUACGACCAGUUCCUUCGGAUCCUGUUGAAGAUGUUGUCAAAUUUAUUAGAUUUUACGAUGAAAAAUACGGUGCAAAUCAUCCAGUUUUUUAUCAAGGCUCCUACAGUCAAGCGUUAUCAGAUGCUAAACAAGAAUUAAGAUUUUUACUAGUUUAUUUACACAAAGAUGAUACGCAACAUGUUGAUCAGUGGUGCAGAAAUACAUUAGCUAAUAAUAAUGUUAUUCGAUUUAUAAAUACUCACACGCUUUUUUGGGCUUGUAAUAUACAAUCAGGAGAAGGUUAUAAAGUUACAGAAGCUUUGAGGGCAGCAACUUAUCCAUUUCUCGCACUUAUUGUUCUAAAAGACAAUAGAAUGACCAUAGUAGGACGAAUGGAAGGUGUACCAUCACCUUCAGAAUUGAUAACACGAUUGCAAACAAUCAUUGGAAAUAAUGAAUUAAGUCUUAUACAAGCACGACAAGAGAGAGCAGAGCGUAGCGCUGCACAAUCGUUACGACAACAACAGGAUAAAGCCUAUGAAGAAUCAUUGCGAGCAGACCAAGAGAAGGACCGAAAACGAGAGCAAGAACGAAGAGCUCGUGAGGAACAAGAAGCUCAAGAAAAAGAAAAACUUAACGCCCAGGAAAAAGAAAUUCAAAGAAUUCGUGUAGAGAAAGAGCUCACGAUACAAAAAGUUCCAUUAGAACCAGAGUUUAAUCAUUCAGAUGUUUGUCAUCUUCAAAUCAAACUUGGUGAAAGAACGUUAAAAAGAAGAUUCUUGAUGUCUCAUACAAUUCAGGAUUUAUAUUAUUGGAUUUUUAGUCAACCAGAUUCUCCAGUAAAUUUUGAAAUAACAACUAGUUUUCCAAAAAGAGUGCUCUACCCGAAUGUAGAAUCGGCAACCCUUUUACAACUUGGUUUAACUCAACGGGAAGUUUUACAUAUAAACAGUUUAGAUGAUUAACCUUGUAUUAAGGUUCAUAAAAUUACAUAAUUAUGAACUGAAUAAUAAUUCUAUUUGUUUUUAAAUCAUAAAACAUAAAAUAAGUGAUAUAAAUAUGGAAUGAAUGCAAUAAAAGUAAGCAAUGUGUAAUGUGUGUACGCAAGAUAAAGUAAACAUGUGAUACGUGUAGCUAAA